AUGUUCACGGCUCCCUCCCCUUCAUCAGGGAUCGUUGCACGUGGCGUGAUAGUCGAAGUGCUUUCCAAGGUCGAACGUGAUGCGCUUAGAGAACUCAAGGCCGACAAAGACCUCUUACUCGUGCCAGCGGACAAGGGGCGCUCCACGGUUGUGCUGGACAGGACAGACUACCUUCAAAAAGUCAAAGGUUUACUGGAAGACCGACAGUUCUAUGUCCCAUGUGCAACGAACCCUUUAAAGGCGCUGACACGCGAAAUUAAUGCUACGUUGUUGGCCUUGGAGAACUCAGGUGCAAUAACACCGACCGACAGACGCAUGGCGAGACCCCAAGAUACGGCUUUGGCCCGAUUCUAUGGCCUCCCUAAGGUGCACAAAGACGGCACUCCUGUCCAAUUCAUCGUGUCGCUCAAAGGGACUCCAACGCACGGACUGGCUAAGUGGCUGUUCCGGCGUCUCAAGUUCCUGACCGCUGAGUCAGACACCACGGUCUCUUCGUCAGCACAAUUCCUGGAGAAACUCAAAGGGGUAAGCCUCCAUCCAAAUGAGGUUAUGGUAUCUUUUGAUGUUACAUCCCUUUUUACUUCUAUUCCCCAGGACCUGGCGAUCGAGACAAUCGAGCUGCUACUACAAAGCAAAUACGAUGAAACGGAGAACCGUCUUGGACGCGCCCAAGUUCUUCAGCUCUCGAAGCUCUGUCUCAGGACGUACUUCACGUUCGACGGGACAAUCUACGAACAGGUGAAGGGCACACCAAUGGGUUCGCAGAGUUCGGGAUUCAUCGCCGAAGCGGUCCUGCAACGGUUAGAGUCGUUGGUUUUCCAACACCACAGACCGAAAUUCUGGGCCCGGUAUGUGGAUGAUACCUUCGUCGUCAUCGAACGGGAUCAGGUGUUGACAUUCCAAGAACAUCUCAACGCCGCCUUCCCGGACAUUCAAUUUACGAUGGAGGAGGAAGAGAACAACCAGCUGGCCUUCCUGGAUGUCCUCGUAUGCCGCAAGGAUUGUGGUGGACUAAAGACCAAAGUGUUCAGGAAAGCGACAGAUACGACGCAAGUACUGAACUUCAACAGUAACCACCCAAUCAGCCACAAACGCAGUUGUGUAAGGACGCUCUAUCGGCGUGUCGAAACGCACUGCACUGAGCCGGAAGACAAAAUUGCUGAACUACAAUACCUCCGACGGGUACUCAAAGCCAAUGGCUAGCCGCGCAACUUCGUCGACCGGUGCAUACGCAAAAGGGACGAAAGGCCUAACCGCACGGACACCAAGUCUUGGCGGGCACUUCCGUAUGUCAAGAACGUUUCGGAAGCUGUCGGCCGCCUUCUCGCACCGCUGGGGGUUGGAGUGUCACACAGACCGGAGGCAACCAUCAGGCGUCUGAUCAUGAAACCGAAAGACCCACUGCCACGGCUAGAAACGUCUGGAGUCGUUUAUUGGAUCUGGUGCAGUUGCGGACAAAGCAACUACGUCGGAGAAAGCGGAAGACAGCUCCGAACGCGAAUGGCCGAACACGCGGCAGCGGUGCGCAGAGAUGACGCCAGCUCUCAAGUUGCGGCUCAUUCGACGGGUUCCGGCCACAAAUUAAAAUUUGACGAGGCCGAAAUUCUCGCAAGAGGUGACAACCGCGUGAGCCGGGAGCUGCUUGAGUCAUGGUUCACUGGCCCCCAGUCUAUUAACAAGUGCAAUGGUUUUCCCAUUCAAUACAGCGUGCUGAGACUCCGUCUAGGCGGAGAAAUUGGCCACGCGGGGAGCGCCCUGAUGAACACUCUUCCCAACACCCUGGUCAGCGUGUCAGAUAGUCCAGCAAUCAUCACGCCAACAUCCAACGCAUGUGAUGAAAUUGCAGAAAUUAACGACACGAAUUUCGACCAUCACGCCACGUGCAACGAUCCCUGAUGAAGGGGAGGGAGCCGUGAACAUUCAUAGGUAUGCGGUGGCAUGGCUACUGCAUCCUAUAAAUUCUGCAGCCACAUGUGCAUGAACCACCCUUAUCUGCUUAUGUCUCUGAUGAUGGAUUCGAGCAGGAAUCCGAAACGUCAGGCUAAUAAAGCUCUUGUCCCGGCGAUCGUGUCUUCUUCUUCUUCAAUAUUCCUACCACCUUCUAUAUAUUACCUGGAUAUAAUAAAGUAUGUAAAGUUCUUCUUUAUCUGGUCCUCUCUUCCGGUAUCGGAUUUGCCUCCAGGACUAUUUCCUAUAAUGGGUUGUUCGCCAUCCCAUCUGGAAGAUUUUUCAUCAGCGCUUGUGAUGUAUGAAGAUGAUGAAAGAAUAAGGCGAUAAAUAGUGAAUGUUUGGUUGUGACGACCGAAGACGUGUAUUCAGCAUUCGUGUUGGUGAGUGUUAUCGUCUGUCUAAUGCCAUCAAUGCUGUCCAAUGGGAUUGGAGCGCAGUCAUACUGCCAAUCAAAAGCGAAGUCAUGUUUCCGAAGCCCUAUAAAAGCACAAAAUACAAAAUGAAACCCUGCAAAUUUGGCUCUCUAUGAUUGUAGGCAUUUAGAUCCUGCUUACACAUCUGCUGCAACUUGUAUUUCUUUUGUAAGACGUUUUUGUUCACUUAUUCCCUCUUGAUAUAUUUGGUAUCUUUACUGCUGGAAUUGACUUUCAUGAUUCUCAUUGUACUAAGCUUUUCUGUACCAGAAUAGAAGAAUGUUCUUGCAUGGCUCCAAGAGGACCAUCACUGAUAACACAGCACUGGCAUCUGACUAGCCCUCCAUUUGGCUGAUUUCGCGCGCCUAGGCGUCUGGCUGUCUUUGGCCUCCACGACGAACUGGGUCACAGAUGCGCUAGACCACGCUAAGGAUCAUGUUGGCUUGCGACAGGCGUUAGUCAGGUUGUGCGGACUCCUCCUGUGUCCGGAACUAAUGCUGUAGAUGGGUGGGGACGGUGUGAUGGUGCGUCUAGACGUAGGAUUCACUUUGCGUCACCAAACGGUGAGCUACCGUCAAAGUGUCGUCAUCACCUCUGAUUGUAGCACCCUAGAUGACUGUAUAGAUGUGCAUGAAGCUCGGACGUAGAGUCAAUACCGUUGGGUUUUGGCGUCUUUCUGGCCGUGUUGCAGGAAAUAUCGCCUCAUUUGGGCUCUUGCUAUGUCAGAUAUGGGCACACAAAAGCAGGAGUAUAGGCCUUGUGGGAGAACAAGAGCAGUGGAUGUUGUCCCAAUGUGGUAUGAUCUUCUAGGGAUUCGUUUUGUGGGAGCUCGGAUGGUAGAUCUUAUAAUGCCGGAUGACUUCUCAAUAUGCCCUUUUAGGUUGUACUGCUGAAUAAAGUCAUCUAAUGUGAGAGUGUACGCAAGGAUAGAAACCCUCCCUCGAUCUCCGUUUCAGAAGUUCGACUUCUAGAAGCGUGCACUUCAGCCUGUUGAAGAUCGUUAUUAGUUGAUGCUCUUUGGCGAUCGCCGGCGUAUAAUCUACAAACGCUCCAUGCGUAUGGAGGCAGGGAGAGAAGGGGCGGGAAUGACACUGGUGGAUUUCCAGGGUGUAAGGAAGGAUGGGACUAAGCAACUCCUGGAUGAUUAUAUUUAAUAAUGAUCGAUUUAGGAUUGAUGUGAGGACCGAGUGAGUCAUGCGCACAAACCCUCCUAGUGAGCAUGCAAGUCGGCGUGUCAGUGCCUCGAGAAGUUCUCCCACCCCCUUUUGUAUUGGAUUUGCCAAUCAGCCCAGUGUCGUGCGAUUAAAGCAGUAGUUUCCUUCGAGUGAGGCCAACGGCAAUGGGCCACACUGACGGACUUCUGGCUUGUGUUUGUCACUACGAGUAGCCAGACGCGCAGGAGCAAGUAGCACGUGAGAUGCAGUAAAUGAGGUCAGCCUGCCCUUCUUUUUGACUGGAAUUCCUCACUCGAGAUGACGUUGUGCGCCACAGGGACACUGGCCACUGACGAGUCAGUUUAUGUGCGGUACCUUCGGGAUUCGUGGGUAGAAGGCAAGGCGCAGAAUUGCCACGUUAUCCUUCGCCCAACAGAAGUGCGCACUGUUGCCUGUUCUUAGAGUCGGAGGCAGUUUUCGACAAGGCUGUUGAGGUACCGAUAGAGCAGCAUAACCUACGCGGAUAAGGCGACUUUUAUUAGGCAGAUACUUCCUACCACGUUAAUGAAGGGCCGAAUGAAAAAGGACAUAAUCUCGGCUUCUUCUGUGGACUGGUGGCUGGUCGCUUCCAUAAAUUAAAAUAAUCUCACUAUCGGAAUAUGUCUCGGUGACAACUUUUGUGGAUUAAUCAUCUCUCAGUAUUUGCACGUCCACUUAUAUAAGUGGCACCCUCUCCCAGACCCUAAGGCAGCCGCUGUGGAUUGCACUUUAAGGCUGGGAUGGCACUAUUCAGCCCAUCAUACGCCUCUUCACAAUCGAUGUCCUUAGUGGUUACAGGGGUGUCAUCCGCCUGGCGAAGCCACUUCUGUGACCUUAGAGUACAAACACUGUUCCCUUCUAGUCUUCGUAACUCUGGUAGCAGUCUUCUUAUUACCAAGCCCACUGACUUUCACUGAUCUUCAAGUUGCGAUAGAGGUCAUGCAGGCAGCGGCUUGUGAUCUCUGAUAGGGUUGUAUCAACAUUUGGUAGACCUCGAAACUCAGGCUGAAACUGCCAUAAUGUCGCCCUAAACACAACAAGUCUUCUGCACGGUGUGGAGACGGGGACAUUGCAUGGAAAUCGGACAAUGAAGCUGAACCACAUUCACGUCACAGCCUCUGAAAUGUGACAAGGGCGAAUUCAGAGGAAGGGCUGAAGAGCACAGAGAACUCAGUAAGAACGGUCGCGCAUGCCCUCUGUCUCCGAUGAAAAAGCGCAAUCGCAUCGAGCACAAGUUAAAACUGAGCAUCUAUUGCUGGUGGUAAAGGCUAAUGGUGUCAAAAGAUUUAAGGAUUGCUGAUAGAAGCGAACAGGCGAGUUCCAGGUAGCAGUUCAGAAGAUGAAGAUGCGAUCACUGGAACAAGAAUUUUUUUGGCCUGACGUUUCGGAUUUUCACUCGAAUCCAUCAUCAGAGACAUUUGCAGCUAAAGGUGAUGGUGGCUCCAGGAGUGCAGUAUUUAUAGCACGUGGCUGCCGUGGGACCGUAUACGCACUGCAAGUAACAGUCCUCGCAAUCACCGCUGGGGUCGUAAUCGAUGCGGUGGUGCCUUGUCAGUCCGAGUCCGAGUCGUUAAUGGCCGUGAUUUCGUCAUCCGUGCUGGAUGCUGGUGUGACGAUUGCUCGGUUAACUGGCUCACUGUCACUGUGAUAAUUGCUCGCCCGCGCCCUUCCCACGUGACUGAUUCCCCUGCCCAGGGAAAAUCGCAGCACGGAAUAUGGUACCGGGAGGUCAUUGUGCUUGUUGCUGGAUUGCGGGCCUGAGAACCAUGACUCGAGCAGCUCGCGGCUCACGCGGUUGUCACCUCUUGCGAGGAUUUCGGCCUCUUGAAAUUUGAAAAUAUGGCCGGGUCCCGUCGAGUGUGCCGCCACCUGAGAGUUAGCGUCUCCCCGCCUCACUGCUGCUGCGUGCUCGGCAAUUCGCGUACGGAGUAAUCUCCCAGUAUUUCCGACAUAGUUGCUUUGUCCACAACUACACCAGAUCCGGUAAACGACUCCAGACGUUUCCUGCCGUGGCAGUGGGUCUUUCGGCUUCAUGACUCGGCGCCUAAUGGUUGCUUCCGGCCUGUGUACAGCCCCAACUCCAAGUGGAGUGAGAAAACGACUGACGGCUUCGGAGACGUUAUUCACGUACGGAAGAGCCCGCCAAAAUUUGGGGCCGGUUGUAUUUGGUCUCUGGUGUCCUUUUCGUAUGCACCGGUUGACAAAGUUGCGCGGGCAACCAUUGGCUCUCAUUACCCGUCGAAGAUAUUGUAAUUCAGCAACCUUGUCUUCCAUUUCACUGCAGUGCGUCUCAACGCGCCGGUAUAGCGCCCUUACGCAACUGCGUUUAUGACUGAUUGGGUGGUUGCUAUUGAAGUUCAGUAUUUGCGUCGUAUUUGUCGCUAUCCUGAACACUUUGGUUUUUAGGCCACCACAAUCUUUGCGGCAGACGAGGACAUCCAGGAAGGCCAGCUGAUUGUUUUCCUCCUCCUCCUCCAUCGUAAAUUGAAUGUCCGGGAGGACGGCGUUGAGAUGGUCUUUGUAUGUCAGCACCUGAUCCCGUUCGAUGACCACGAAGGUGUCAUCCACAUAUCGAGCCCAGAAUUUCGGUCUGUGGUGUCGGAAAACCAGCGACUCCAGCCGUUGUAGGACCGCCUCGGCUAUGUGUCCAGAGGAUGGAUGAUAGGAUCGCCCUCGUUGGUGAGGUUGGUGGCACGUGUUGCCGUGAUAUGGGUUGUGAAAUGAGAGACGAAGAGGUAAUGUUGAGAUGGCCCUGUUUUUGGAGAUGUCAAGCAGGGUCCAUCCGCAUCCGGAAUAUCCGUUGAUGUGUGUACACAAUGGCAGGGCUUUGAGGCGCUGGGGUACCGAUAGAGCAGCAGUUAAGGCGGCUUUUCUUAGGCAGACAGUUCAUACUGCGUUAAUGAAGGGCUGAAUGGAAAGAGCUCAGUCACAGUUGUUUCAGUGUACUGUUGGAUGAUCGUUUCCGUAAAUGAAAAUAAGCUCAAUGUUAGAAUAUUCUUCGUAGACACCUGUUGGGAAUUCACUACCGCUCAGUCUUUGCACACCCGUUUAUUGAGGUGGUAGCCCACACCCUGACGCAAACACAUUCGAUUUAAUCUGAAGGCUGGGAUGGCACUAUUGAGUCCUUGAUAUGCUUCUUCAGAUUUGUUGUCAUUCGUGGUUAUGAAGGUGUCAUCCGGCUGGCAAAGCCAUAUUCAUGACCUUAGAGUGCGCAUACUGUCCCCUACUAGUGUUCGUAAAUCUGGUAGCAGUCUUCAUAUCACCAAGCCCACUGUCUUACAUUAAACUUCGGCAGACGUCGACACUCGAUCUGGAACCACCACAAAGUCGUCCUAAGCAUGAACCUGAAGUUGUACACAGUUGUCAUUCUGAAGACGCUCGUUAACGGUGUGGAGAUGAGAACAAUGCAUGAAAAUCGGGCAAGGAAGCAAGACCACAUUCACGCUGUAUCCUAAGAAGUGUGACGAGGGCGAAUUCGGAGGAAGGGCUGUAGAGCACUGAGACCUAAGCAAGGACGGUCACGCAUGGCAUCUGUACGCGAUGGGAAGUGCGUUCGCAUCUAGGAGAAGGUGAAUUUCACUAAAUAUUGCUGAUGGUAUGGCGUAAUGGUGUCAACAGUUUUUAGGAUGAUAGGAUCGUCCUCGCUGGUUAGAUUAAUGACAGUAGCGCUGUGAGAUGUGUUAUGAGCUGAGAGACGAGUUGUUUGUGCUGAUAUUGCCCUGAGUCUGGAUACGCCUAACGAGAUCCAGCCAUACCGGGAAUAUCCGUCGGAAGCGUGCACACAAUUGCAGGGCUCAACAGCUCUAUCCUCGCGCACAUGGUAGACACAGACCACCGUGUAAACGUCAGAGAGGCCUUCAGAGCAAUUUACAAGGUCCCAUCAAGCUAUUGAAAACUCCUUGGGCAGCGUUUGUUGGCUACGGUAGAGGCGGCUGCAAUCGGGCUACGCGGACCGGUCCUAUGCGCACAGAAGAAUUUCAUACAAAUCCCACAGUUGUCAUGGUUCAAAGCCAUCAAGCCAGCUACCUGCAUGUAAUUACAUUCGCCGGGACCCACCUUCGCCCUGACGCUGACUGGAAUUGUGGUGUUUCACUCUCCCCCUCCCCUUCCCAAACCCGAGCUACAGCAUAAUUGUCUAGUUGCCUGUAUCUUUUAAUUCAUUACCUCAAUAGCCAUAUAAAUGUACAGGCCUGAAGUGAAUUUAUCGAAAGCAGACGUAUGCUCGCCAAACUGCCUUUCGAAUUUUACAAUGGGAAUUUUCGCAACUCUAAAACAGUCCAAAGAUGCCGUGGUGUUGAAGGCACUCAAUGGGUACCUACGGUUCAGCACCAAGCUUGUGGAGGCGAAAGUACGAGCCAGGUUUAUUAGGGAAUGCCUCGAGAGUAACCAGUACCCGAACUCCUACUGGAGAGCAAUGCGACGGAGUCGUACGGUUAUCCCCUGUGAUACCUUGAGAAGAUACGCCGAAAAUGAACUAGAGAGCACGCGUGUGAAGGUGGAAGAGCUGGGGCGUCACGUAUGUCAACGGGCAGCCAUACUUGAUCAACCUGGCGAAGACGAACGACAGGAAUUCGAGAAUUAUGUGCAAUCCAUUUCUGACAAAUGUGGAGAAAUCAAGAGGGCUUCCCUUCUUCGGAAUAUUCAUGAGGGCAGACCACAAUGUAAGAUCCAAGUCAGUACGUACACAAUUAUUCGUCCAUAUCUCUCGAUAAAACAUCGAUUGAAGCCUUAUCGUUGAGUCCUAAAUUUUGCUGUCCUCGCCAGAAACCCGACCGACUGGAGUUAGAAACACAAUUCGAGAACCUCUCGAAUCAAACACACGAUCUUCAGCCAGUUUCGACAGAGAGCGUACAACAUCUUAAGUCUACGUUAGUCAAUGGCUUUUAUCAAUACCUGAACAGUCGUCAGAAAUAUGGGGGCUGGCUGAGGAAGUCACACCUUGAGAAGUGAAAGCAACUCCGGCAGAACGAAGACGUUCUGAUAAUUAGGCCAGAUAAGGCAACUGGCGUUGUUUUAAUGGACAGGGUAGACUAUAUUACAAAAAUGCAGUCAAUUCUGUCAGAUCAGGAAAAGUUCAGAAAGACAAAGAAGGAGAAGGACCGUACGGAUGAGAAUGAAGCACAAUUGACUGACUGCUUGAAAAGACUUCACUCGGAUGGUUGCAUAAGCGAACACGACAUAGAGCGCCUCCGGCCCACCGGUACGCAUAUAUCUCGAUUAUAUGGCUUGCCGAUCUGAGGAACUCGCCGUACCAUGCAAUAGCUAAAUGUCUGGCGAAGAAACUUAAUACUCUGCAGUAUCGAAGUGCAGUGGGUCCGGUCAAGUCUCCUGGACCAGAUAGGAUCACAGGUGUACUGCAACGUCAACUAGCUGAACGACUUUGUAUAAUCUUCUAAAAAUCGCUGGAAUUUGGCAAAAAUUCUGGACUCAUAUAAUUUGGCCAACUUCAUAACCCUCCACAAGAGAGGAUCACGGCCAUAUCGCACCAACUACCGGCCAGUGAGUUUGAAAUGCAUUUGCUGCAAUUUGAUGGAAAAUAUGGUUAGAUACCAGUUACCUCGCCCGAGACAUUCCGCUGUCACAUCAGUUGAGUUCUGUGAUCGUCAACAGAUUGCUUCGUGUCGAAAUGGCCUCCCAUACGGGGCCACGUGGUAGAUCCGCACGACCGAAACAAAAGACCAUAUCGGACUCUGGCAGGCAUUAUCGGAUUUGCACACCAUUACAAAGGCCAACAGCUUGGGGUGCGGUGGCAGAUCCGGUUGCCAACAGACGUCGCGACCCGAAGCGAUCUGUUGACGGUCACAGCGAUUCUUCUGUUUCAAUCACCUGCUGGUAGUUGAGUCGGUCAGCAAAGAAGUAUCAUGGUCACAUCUUCGCGCACUUUGAUGGUCCCGUAGCGUUAAAUGUCCCCUCUUCGCUUGGAUUCAAACGAACUGUGACCACGACACAUGUCGUCCCCAUCGUUGUUGUUGCGGUUGAUAAGAAAACCUGUGCACUUGUUGUGAGGAAGAGGGGGUGUGGAGUGGGGCGUCAAGGAGCGGGCUCGACCGUGUCAUCCACCAGCAUCCUUUGGACUCUGUAUUGACACCGGAUCCAUCAGUUCAGGCUAACAUGACUCCUGUGAAAAUAAAUCCUGCCUCACAGACCUGCUUACGUCGCUUGGACAUUGAUCAGAGACCAUGAAUGAAGGACGUCCAUUAGAUGUCAUUAACUUCGACUUCAGCAAGGCGUUGGAUUGCGCCCCACAUUAGCACCUCGUUCAAAAGUUGUCAGCAGAAGGGAAAGAGGAAAUAUUCCGAACUGGAUUCUGGACUUUUUAACUUGUCUUAGACAAGAAGUCACUGCGUGUGGCUACUGCUCUGAAUGGGUACCUGUUAGAAGCGGAGUCCCACAGGGUUCAAUUCUUGGCCGCUCCUAUUCAUUAUCUGUGUAAAAGAUCUAGUGCGGGAAGUGAAGUCGAACAUAGCACUCUUUGUAUACGAUCUGAACCUUUGGAGGUUGAUGAAAGAUGAAGAAGACGUCAGGAUACUACAAGAGGACGUAACAAAUCUGCACGCAUGUAGCGAGAAAUGGUGCAUGAAAUUCAACGUAAAUAAUGAGUAGCAUUGAAUUUAGUGUCAGCAAGUAGAAGAACAAAUGCACCCUCACAACAGUAUUUUCUGGACAAUCAACCAAUUAAGACCGUAGAUGCGCAAAUAGAUCUCGGCGUAUUUAUUAAAGACGAUCUAAGCGUCACCACGCAGUGUUCCAAAUUCGCAGUGCGGGCAAUGUCAGUCAUGAGCGCGAUACGAAGAACGUUUAUUAACUUGAAUGUAGAGGUCUUUGACAAGGCAUAUGGGGCAUUUGUGCGGCCGCACCUGGAAUAUGCGGUACAGGCCUGGCGGCCGUGACUUCGGAAGAAUAUCGAUAUCCUUGAAGGUGUACAACGACGCGCCACAAAUGCUGUUCAUGACCUCAAAAAUUUUACGUACGAGCAGCGCAUGACGGCCCUGAACCUCUAUCCCCUCCACCACAGGCAGGACAAAGGUGACCUCAUAGCAACGUUUCAGUUGCUAAGAGGACUUACUCUGGAUGUCGACUGGGAAACGCUUUUUGAAAUGGCACCAAAGUCUAAUCUCAGACGACACGAGUACCAGCUUAAAUAGGAAUUAUGACACACAAAUCAAUGUUCCUCUUUUUUUCUCGCAGAGGGUCAUUCGCCAAAUGGAACUAUUUUCCGACUUUUACUGUCAAUUCCUCUACCGCGAAUGUGUUCAAGAGAACUGGAUAAUCGACUGCUAAAAGGAACACGAACUAGCGGAUUACAGAAAUGACUAUAAACAUGCCACUUUAGUGUACUUUAAACCUGACUCGUAUGAAAAUGUCCACAAUGCGAACGCAGUGAACAUUUUUUUCGCAAUAGAAACGAAGAGACGAGUCCCAGGAAGUAGUCUUGAAGAAGGAGACAUGAUCGCUGGGAGAUGGUCAUGGUAUCUUUCGAUGUUACAUGCCUUUUUACCUCUAUUCACCAGGACCUGGCGAUCGAGACAAUCGAGCUGCUACUACCAACCAAAUACGACGAAACGGAGAAUCGUCUUGGACGCGCCCAAGUCCUUCAGCUCCUGAUGUUCUGUAUCAGGGCGUACUUCACGUUCGACGGGACAAUCUACGAACAGGUGAAGGGCACACCAACAUGUGAUGGUAAGGAAAAUGUGCUUGUUGAGGCUCUUUCAAGAAUCUGGAUGGCUUACGUCACAACAUAUGUCAUAGAAUUCACGCUCAUGGCUGAGGCUCGACGAUCGGAUAACGAACUCUCCCAAUCCCGCCACGAGGACUCUUCUUUACGCAUUCAAGUUGUCCCCCUUCCCACUGGCACUGGCGCCAUAACGGGCGACCUUUCUACCGGACACGAACGUCCUUUUGUCCCAGCAACUUUACGACGACAAGUGUUCAAAGCUCUUCACAAUCUUUUCUACCUUGUAGUCCGGGCGACUGUGAACCCCAUCACUGACCGAUUCGUCUGGCCCAACAUCAACCGGGAUGUACGGCGUUAG